AGAGCUGGCACUAUGGCACGGCACAGCACGGGGACGCUGGUCUUGGCCAACGGACUGGGCUUCCCACCCAAUAACGUGGCCCGCGUGGUGGUGUGGGAGUGGUUGAACGAGCAUGGGCGCUGGCGGCCCUACACCGCGGCCGUCUGCCACCACAUCGAGAACGUCCUGAAAGAGGAUGCCCGUGGGAGUGUGGUCCUGGGGCAGGUGGAUGCCCAGCUGUCUCCGUACAUCAUUGACCUGCAAUCCAUGCAUCAGUUCCGUCAGGAUACAGGGACGAUGCGUCCGGUGCGAAGGAACUUUUAUGACCCUUCCUCUGCUCCUGGGAAGGGGAUUGUGUGGGAAUGGGAAAACGAUAACAACUCGUGGACACCCUACGACAUGGACAUCUGCAUCACCAUCCAGAAUGCUUAUGAGAAGCAGCAUCCGUGGCUAGAUCUGUCCUCUCUGGGAUUUUGCUACUUGAUCUACUUCAAUAGCAUGUCUCAGGUGAACCGCCAGACGCAACGGAAGCGGCGGCUCCGGCGGCGCAUGGACUUGGCUUAUCCACUGACCAUGGGCUCUAUCCCCAAGUCCCAGUCCUGGCCCGUGGGUACCAACUCCGGGCAUCCUUGUUCAUGCCAGCAGUGCCUGCUGGUCAACAGCACCCGAGCAGCCUCUAACGCCAUCCUUGCCUCACAGCGGAGGAAGGUGUAUUCAGGCAACAGCAAUGGGACACUGGCCGUCCGUCAGAGCAAUACGUUCAACGGGACUGCGCUGUGGUCUUUGGGCACUGCUCCGGGCAGUGGGACGGCCAAGAUCGAACAGGUCCGCUCAGCUAAUGGUGUGCAAGUGACCACCUUCUCACGCAGUCAAAGUGCUCCCAGCCACACACAGCUUCCUGGUCAGAACAACCUGAACCGGCCUGGCACACAACGUGUGGCCAUCCUGAGUACCCGGACAUCCAUCCCUCCAGGGGUUCCUGCCCUCCCAGUCAAGAACUUGAAUGGAACUGGUCCAGUCCACCCUGCCUUGGCAGGAAUGACAGGAAUCUUGAUGUGCGCUGCAGGUCUGCCCGUUUGCCUCACUCGAGCUCCAAAGCCCAUCCUGCACCCACCACCUGUCAAUAAGAGCGACAUGAAGCCGGUGCCCGGUAUCAACGGCAUUUGUCGGAAGACCAAAAAGAAACAUCUGAAAAAGAGCAAGAACCCUGAGGAUGUAGUGAGACGAUAUUUCCAGAAAGUGAAGAACCCCCCUGAUGAGGACUGCACAAUCUGUAUGGAGAGGCUGGUGUCUUCAUCAGGCUAUGAAGGCAUUCUCAGGCACAAAGGCGUGAAACCAGAGCUGGUGGGGAAGUUGGGAAAAUGUGGACACCUGUACCACCUUCUCUGCUUGGUUGCGAUGUACAAUAAUGGCAAUAAGGAUGGCAGUCUGCAGUGCCCCACCUGCAAAGCCAUCUAUGGGGAGAAGACUGGGACUCAACCGCCAGGGAAAAUGGAAUUCCAUAUUAUCCCACAUUCCCUCCCUGGCUACCUGGACUGCAAAACCAUCCGCAUUGUGUAUGAUGUUCCCGCAGGAAUCCAGGGCCCAGAGCAUCCCAAUCCUGGGAAGAAGUUCACAGCGCGAGGCUUCCCACGACACUGCUACCUUCCUGACAACGAGAAAGGCAGAAAGGCUCUAAAACUCUUGAUAGUCGCAUGGGAACGCCGACUCAUCUUUACCAUCGGGACAUCCAACACAACAGGUGAAUCCGACACGGUGGUGUGGAACGAGAUCCAUCACAAGACCGAGUUUGGCUCCAACCUCACUGGCCAUGGCUACCCUGACCCCAACUACCUGGACAACGUCCUGGCUGAACUGAUGGCCCAAGGGGUCUCCGAAGCCAGCCUGAAGGACUGAGGAAGCAUCUCGGCU